AUGGACGAAGUCGAUAACGCCCAAAUAAUUGUUAUUGCGGAUGAUGUUUGUAGGAGAGCUGGUAUUGCAACAACUUGGAUCAGUAGCAACAGAUUUGGGAUACAUGCAUACAAACACGUGGACAAAUAUUCGCAAGAUACCAGAAGCCAAUUUGCACCUUGUGAUGCCAAAGUACAUUUCCUUCGGCCAGAAAUUAUAUUAUUCUCGCCACUUUUACGUAAACUGGUUAAUGAGAGCAAUGGUAUCUUCUUGUCAGUUCAGAAGCUUAAGUCUACCUCCUCUGGUGACAUUAGGCCAGAGCUUCUUAAACACAGCAAACAAUAUAGAUCUAUAUUGAGAGCCUGUGUUGAAAAUUUACAAGAGAUUCUACCAAAGGAGCCAUUGUCAGAAGAGAAGGUUAUGCUAGAGAAUUUCCUCACUAUAUUUUAUCAAGUGGAGUGCGUCUGGCAUUUAACAGAGAUUCUUUAUGUGGAUGUUGUACCUGGUGAUGUUGUAUUACCACAGUUGUUGGAAUGGAUCAGCUUUCAUUUUCCUUCAAGAGAAUUGGCGGCGUCAAAAAUUCUUUCACAGAAAAAUAUUGGCGCUGAUUUAAAGAAUCUGGAUUACUGGGAGGCUGUGAUGGGCUGUGCAUUCCAUGGUAAAUUAAAUCUAGUUUGCCGACUUUUGGCAUUGCACAGCAAAGCAGAUCAUUCAGUGUUCAUUACUGCGGAUAAUAUUAUUAAAACAAUGCCAGUAUACAAUGUAUAUGGCGGAUAUUCUGUAAACGAAUUUAUUAUGCGGUGGAAGCAUUGGCAAAUGGAUCUUUGCUCAAAUCUGGAGACCAAUUACUUUGUUAUAGAUAAAAAACUUGAGAUGCUUAUGAAAUUGAUAGCAGGAGACGAAUCGGUAUUAUGGGAAUAUUCCAUGUACACAGAAGCAUGGUACGAAUUAUUGGCAGCAAAGUUAUUUUAUUCAGCUCCCUGUUGCAAACAGUUGGAACUUUCGCGCUACGCGAAUAGCAUUGCCGAAAAAUGGCAAGCUAAUAGACAUUUGGAUCGCGUAAUCCUUGCUUUAAUGGAGAACGAUCUGUAUCAAGUUAUUAAAGAAAUACAAUAUAUGAGCGAUAAUGGUUGGUUUGCAGCUCACCUAAUGGAUUUGUUGUACAAAUGUGGAAAAUUAAACAUUCUCAGCAAGGAAAAGACUAAUGUGACCGCGCAGCUUCACGAAUCUCUUAUAUUAGAAUAUGGCACUACAUUGAUGAGCCAUCGCUCGUUGUGGCAGUGUGGCGCGAGUUAUCUGAUACAUUGCCCCACGCAGGGUUUGGCCAGAUUGGAGAUUCUGUUACAGUCGCUAUCGACCGGCACAGAAGCGAGGAUCAACAAGAUCAUAGACGUCGCGCGAGACAAUAAUAUGCCGCACGUUGUUACCAGCAUAUGCAAGAUUCAAGGGAUGAAGAGCAUGAGACAAGGAAGACUAGGCAACGCUCUUACGUGGGCGCUAAAGGCACAUGACGGCAACUUUACCACAUAUAUUGCAGACCAGUUUUUGAAGCAUUACGCGGAAUACGGGGAACUGGAGUGUCGUGACUUGCUGGAGAACUUGAGUUCCUGUAUGCUAGCCAGUGACAGACUCACAUUUUUGGGAAAAUAUUGCGAAUUUCAUCAUAUGUAUGGAAUGGGCGAAUUUCGUGAAGCGGCGAGUCUGUUGGUAUCUCUUCUAGUCUCGAAUUUGACGCCGAAGUAUUUUUGGUCCAUCUUGCUCACGGACGCUAUACCAUUAUUGGAAGCAGAAGAUGUGAUCUUUUCCUCGAACGACUGUUACGAGUUGCUACGUUGCGUGGAAGCUCAUGGCAACGAUCCGAAAUUCCAAGACAAGAUUUCUAUCUUCCGAAUAGGCGUCGCGCGAAAUCUGGCGCGAGCUUUAAGUCUGGAAGGCUGCCAAGCUGAACAUUGACUCGAUAUUAAUAUCUUUAUUUAAUAAAUUGUAAUUAUAUUUCCAAAUACAUUUUAUAAUUAUGUAAUAUUUUUUUCAAUUAAUUAAGUCUUAUUUUUUAAUUAAUUAUGUCCUGCAUUAGGAGAAAAGCAAACCGUAAUGACAAAACAUUUUUUAUAAAAAAAAAUAUAUUUGUUAUACUACA